GCUGGUUGUGCCGAAGCACACUAGGAGGUCUUUGAAAAAGAACCCAAAGCCCUCAGAAGUUUCGCUCGCCGUGCACCCCGGUGAUGAAUCACCAAAGGGGAGGGCGGCGGAUUCCGUAGCCAUUUUGGCUCAAGUGUUUCUUGCCCGAGCCGCUUUGGCAGCUAGCCAGCUCAUUGCCUGCCUGGGGCUCGCUAUCGCGUCUUGCGUUUUUGUCACGCCAUGCAUCGCGUUGGCAGCGCAGUCCUCGGUGCCGUUAGCUUCCAGCUCGCGCACUUGGCCCUGGAGGCGCCACAGAGUCGGGCAGCGUGGGGUUGGAGCAUGGACGUGCCGCCUGGCCUUGGCUUCACGUGCGAGGAGGGCAGCACCAUUGCCGGAGCUGCUGGUUCACCUGACAGCGAUUUUGAUUGCACAGUUGUACCGGACAGCGGCAUGGAAUGUGAUGUCUCGAGCACGAGCAUAGUGUGCUAUAAGACUGCCACGCCAAGCGACACCUUCAUCCCAACAGCGGGGCUGUGCAUCAACAAUGGCCAUCCGCCCAAUAUGGAUGACAACGACUCGGCGAUCACGUGGAGUACAGUGCCAUCAUGCACCGAGGUCGACACAACAGUCGAUGAUGUGACAAGCGACACACCUAUGGCAUCAGCCGUUGGUGCGGCAGUUGCAGUGAGCGUGCUCUGCGUCUAGAUUCUAGAUCAAGACCCCGUGCUUAGCGCCCGCUUUUGAAUUCGUGAUUCAUUCGAAAGUCUCUCCCAUCAUAGCCACUUGCUGUAACGAGUUGGCGCGUAGCUUUGCUGCGUGAGCUGUGAGGGCAGAGCGGCAUGCACCCGCAAAUAGCAGGGGUACCAUUACCGCUUGCGGGCGCGUAGCUCUGCAGAAGCGUGAGGCGACAGCGGGGUGCACCCGCACACAGCAGGGGGUUGCCGCUGCCGCUCGCACCGCAGACACUGCCUGCUGCAUUUUGUGAUAGUUUGGUUUUCGCUGCGCAGAGCAAGCGCGCAUCAUUUUCAGCGCUGGUAUCAUUUUCAGUUGCCCGCGUGUGGCCCGUAUGAGCGCACGCCAGAAGCAUUCUUCAUCUGAUAGCCAACCGCUUGCAAAAAAAAGGGCAGGGCGGCGGAUCUAAGGCGCCUACGGCGAAUCACCACCGUCGCCUGCCUUUUGGAAGCGCCCAUGUGGCCAACAGUUGGACCGGAGUCUGG